AGGCACACCCCCGCCGUCCCGGACUGACAUGUUUCCUUACCUCCACGCUGGUGCGUCAGGUGCGGUUGGGCUGCCCGCGCAGGCGCAGUAGCGGCCUAUGAAAGGAAAGUCUCUGUGAGGAAAAUCUGAGGAGACGGGGGGCCUUUUGGUCGCCAUCGCCAUGGGAAGGAAGUCAAGUAAAGGCAAGGAGAAGAAACAGAAGCGGUUGGAAGAGAGGGCAGCCAUGGAUGCUGUCUGUGCCAAAGUGGAAGCUGCAAAUAAAUUGGGAGACCCCUUAGAAGCCUUCCCAGUUUUCAAGAAAUAUGACAGAAAUGGAUUAAAUGUCUCCAUCGAGUGUAAACGCGUAUCCAGCUUGGACCCGGCAACCCUCGACUGGGCUUUUGAACUAACCAAAACAAACAUGCAAACCUUGUAUGAGCAGAGUGAAUGGGGAUGGAAGGACCGGGAGAAACGGGAUGAGAUGACAGAUGACCGCGCUUGGUACCUGAUAGCUCUGGAAGACGGCUCCCUCCCUGUGGCUUUCUCACACUUCCGCUUUGAUGUGGAAUGUGGAGAGGAAGUCCUUUAUUGUUAUGAAGUGCAGCUGGAAAGUAAAGUGAGAAGGAAAGGCUUGGGCAAAUUUCUUAUACAGAUACUUCAGCUUGUGGCAAAUGGCACACAGAUGAAGAAAGUCAUGCUAACAGUAUUUAAACACAAUCAUGGGGCCUACCAGUUCUUCAGAGAAGCUUUACAGUUUGACAUUGAUGAUACCUCACCUAGCAUGUCCGGCUGCUGCGGGGAUGACUGCUCCUAUGAAAUCCUCAGUAGAAGAACAAAAUUUGGCGAGAGCCAACACACUCACUUGAGCAGUCACUGUGGUGGCUGCUGCCACUGAGUUUGCCAUUCAUUUUGCAAAAGAACCUAACUCUUUUUCCAGAUAAGCCUUGCCUUUUUAUUGCCACCCCCACAGUCUUCCCAUGUCUUCGCUGGGCUCCUGAGCCAUCCUAAAUCUUGGGAUGAGAAAUCUUCCUCCAUAUGGGAGGUUCUGGAAACUGAAUUCAAGCCUAACUCUGAGGCAGAAUGCUCAACCUGGUUUACCCAUGGCCUUAACCUGAAGGUAUGAAUCCAGUCAACUGUUUUUCCCCCUGCAAUAAGGAGAAUAGGUUCUUGCUUUGAGCAAAUGACAAACAGAAGUUCGUUCUACAAACUUAAUGGUUGAAGAAGAAUUAGCUUUUUUGGUGAAUGUUAUUGAAGUGGCCGUUUCAGAUAUUUCACGUUUCUUCAAUGACAUUGAAGUGUGCUCCCAUUUUUUUGGUUUUGACGGAUUGCUGAAAUGAUUCGGACUGCUCUUUAGCUGCAGCAAUAUCACUGUUUGGCAAACUGUGUGUGGAUCCCUAUUUGGAGAGUUAAGAAGACCUUGUCCCGUUUGGAUUUUACCUGUGCUUGCAUGACAACCAGCUUUUUGUAAGUGUACUUUAUAUACUUUUCUAGGCCCACAUUUUUAGUAAAGUGUUUAUCAUCCAUACGAUCCCCGCUCAUUGUUAUAUACAGGUGGAUGCUAAUUCAGAUGGAUUAUCGGUUGAAUUGGGGUAGACUUUAGCAACCCCUAAUUUUGUGUCCUUUUGGUUUCUUACAAUCUGAAUCAAUUACAGUGUUCCCUCACUUAUUGCAGGGUCACGUUCCAGGACCACCCGCGAAAAGUGAAAAUCCACGAAGUAGGGAUGCUAUAUUUGUGUUGUUUACAAUCUCACUGCUCCCUCCUCGCCUCUGAAGCACGUGCAUGCCUUGUGAGGUGAAAACAAGCCCUGCUUCAGCCUCCUUUUCUCUCCCUUCGGCUUCUCCUUCCUUCCUUAGGCUUCCCCUUAGGAAGGAAGUAGAAAGAGGGAUUUAUAAUAUUAUUUUAUGAUUUAUACUAUUAUUUUAGUGUUUAUUAAAAAACCGAAAAGCGAACCAUGAAGUGGUGAGGGAACACUGUAGUGGCAAGUUGCACAGAUGGACUAUAUUUGUUUGUAUGCACACACAACUGGGAGGAAUAACUUCCAAGCACUAGAAGUUGCUAUUCUGGUGUUUAUACUGAAGGAACAAUUCAGAGGCAAAUUGUUCAGACACUGUUAUUUGCUGUUCAGGUCCAGUGUGCUUCAAUUGGUCUUCAUUUCAGAUAACAAUCUCUCAGUGGCAUUGAUGAAUCCUGUUACAUUACAAGGCAAGAGAUUGUACCGUCGUCGUUGGGUUUUUUUACAAACUGUUUUCUAAUGCCUUUGUUUUACAACUGCACCAAAGCUUCAUCGUUGGGAUGUUGGAAAUAACUCUAGCCUAUUUUGUUGCUGUUGUUUUGCUUUUUGGUUCGUUCACAGCCUGAUUCUCUCUGAUCUGAGUAAUGUUUACCACGUGCUUCAAAAUACAAUGUGAAUUCCAUGUCAUGAAGAACGUAUUAUGCUGCCUCCGUACUUACUGUUUUUUCUAUAUUUAACUUUUUAGCCACACAAACUGGUGAAGAUAAUAUUUAGAGAGAUGAAAUUUGAGGAGGAUGCUUUAGAACAGGAGCUGAUCCUUCCGGGUUUUUUAUAGUGCCCUCCACGGAAGCAUAGCAUUGCUUUCCUAUUUCUUCAAGGUGUGUGACAAUGUGAAAUUGUACUGGCCUCCAUUUGGUCUGGGAUCCGCAUUUAUUACAGUACUCCUAUGGUCAGAUAAGCCCUUUCUCUGUUGUUGCCACGUACAGAACGGUCAUCCGAACCUCCUAGGCUGGCUAAUCUUUCUUGUCAUUUCAGUGGAGGUAACCAAACCAAAAUGUCAUCUCAAAUGUUCACGACAUUUCUAGCUUUAAAUACCUGGAGUCUCUCCGCCCCCCCCCCCCC